CGUCGCGGGUUACUGUGCUGACAGAAAACCACUACUAUGGAGCUACUGGAAUGCCGACUCUGCCUCUUCCCGUUGUGGGAGCCGGUGACCAUUGCCUGCGGUCACACCUUCUGCAGGAGGUGCGCGGGGACCCACUUUCCGUCUAAAUGCCCGACUUGUAAAGAGAGGCUAAAACAGAGGGAAAUGAGAGACGCCAAGAACAAUGUUCUGCUCAUCCGUGUCAUUGAAAAGUGCUGGCCCGAGGACGCCAAGAUUAAGUGCCACUUGCAAGAGAAGCUCCGCGCCAAGCAGUACCAGGAAGCUUUAUGCGUCGUCAACGAUGGAAUACAGCAAGUCCCAGAAGACCCAAGUCUGAAGCUGUACAGGGCUGAAGCAAACUGUGGCCUGCUGCGUUUUUCUGACGCUCUGGUGGACCUUGACUCCCUCUGCUGUCUUCGGCCAUUAUGGACUGAGGGCUUCUUUCGUAAAGGGAACAUACUGUUGGAAAUGGCUCAACAGACUGAAUCCCUCAUCCAGUUUCACCAUUGCCUCAAACUUCAAGCUGACUUUGUUCCUGCUAAGAAUCAGAUCAAGAAGAUCCUAGAGGCAGAGGGCAUUUCAGUGCCAGAGGAAGUGUCCUGCAUCAUGCAGGUCUUGGCUGAUUACUUGAAGGCUUCCUACCCCGUUCGAAGCCUCAGUGGCACCCAGGUAACACAGCUCGAGGCCCUCAAUUAUCCACAUGGCAAUGCAGAGGGCAAAGCCAGGAGAGACGCUAGGUGCCAGGUGCGUGCUCUGAAGUGGAGCUCCAAAGUGAAUCACGACACCAGCACUGAGUGCUGCCUCAGCCUCUGCCAAGCUGUCACCUUCCUGCCUGCCAGUGAAAAUGAUGAGGAAGUGAUGACAAGAAAGGAGGACGUGAAUGGCAGAGGUGCCAGUUUACACUGCAGGGAUAAAACUCUGAGCAUACUCACUGUGUCAGACUUUGAGUGCCCUCUCUGCAUCAGGUUGUUUCAUGAGCCAGUUACUACCCCAUGUGGUCACACCUUUUGUAAAAACUGCAUAGAGAGAAGUCUAGACCACAACCUCCGCUGUCCUCUCUGCAAGCAGCCGCUACAAGAGUACUUGAAAAAUAGGAAAUACAAUGUCACAGUUGUGGUUCUGGAUAUCAUGGAAUGCCUUUUCCCAUCACAGCUGACUGAAAGAAAACAAAUACAUGAGGCAGAGAUGGCUGAACUGUCAAACCUCACAAAGGACAUCCCUAUAUUUGUUUGCACUGUGGCCUACCCCGGUGUGCCAUGCCCUUUGCACAUCUUUGAGCCGCGAUACAGACUGAUGAUGCGUCGCUGUAUGGAGACAGGAACAAAGAAGUUUGGCAUGUGCAGUUAUGAACAUGGAAAAGGAUUUGCGGACUAUGGCUGCAUGCUGGAGAUCCUUAGCCUAGAGCUACUGCCUGAUGGACGGUCCUAUGUGGACAGUGUGGGUAGCAACAGGUUCAAAGUCUUAAAAAGAGGACUAAGGGAUGGUUACCACACUGCUGAUAUUGAAUAUCUGGAGGAUAUCAAGGCCGAAGGGAGUGAAUUGGAACUCCUGCAGCGUCUCCACGACAGUGUCUAUCAACAGGCUCAGGACUGGUAUCAGCGCCUGGGAAGCCGCAUGAGAGAACAAAUCAAUAGGCAGUAUGGCAUCAUGCCGAGUACUGAGGAGAACAUUCAGGCCUCAUCCAAUGGUCCAGCUUGGUGCUGGUGGCUGCUGUCUGUCCUCCAAUUGGACCCCGCUUAUCAAACCACAGUCCUCUCCCUCUCUUCCCUUAAAGACCGGCUUGGUCACCUGCGCCUCAUCCUUGAGUAUUUUUCUCAGAGCUAAACACAGUGUCCUGGUAGAAUUCCUGAGAAAUAUUUGGCUGAGGGUUAAACAUUACAGUACAAUACAAAAUACUGAUUUCACUUGCAUCACAGUUUUUGGACUAAACUACUCUUAAGUACAAAGGGACUCUUGUAAUAUCACACCUCAAGGGUAAAUCAAAGCCAUAAGUAUCCAUUUGUGACAACAUUUUAAGAGGUUAUUUAAAGCUGGGUUUUGUAUCUGCUUUUGCUAUCGGCAGAUACUUUUUUUUUUGGAAUAAAAAGCAAAGUCUUUCAACACAGAAUCCUGCAGUUGGUCUUUUGACACAUUCUUGUGUUGUUUCCUGCUGAAAUAGCCAUUCAGCAAAUGAAACUGAACAUUAACUCAAAAUUUACCCAGGGUAGGAAUAAUUUGAAGUUUAAACUACAAAAGUAGACAUCUGAAUGUUGAAGUAAAUGAGCACUAGAUGUCGCUGUUUAUUGUUUUCAAACAAAAGUCUCCCAUCACCAGGCAGAUAAAGUUUGAAUGUCAUGAAUUAAAGUUUCAAAUUGCAAUUGAAAUGAUGGUGAGAUUCAUAACAUGCAUGAUGAGUAAUUUUUUCAGGACUAUGCAAUCUGAGAUAUAGAAAGAAAUAUUCAUUUUGCAGCUGCAACUAA